AUGGCGCAGCAGGGCUUGUUUCAGAAGGCAUCCUUGCUGGCAACAAUCACUUCGCUUUGGACAUCAAGGAAUGCCUUGUCGCGCACAGCGUCCUGUCGGUUGCCCGGCAAGCUUUGCCGUGGAUGUGCGAGUGUGGUGCAGAGACGGGCGAAAGAAAGGCAGUUGGCACGGGCACAGACCGCUUGGAGCAAGGAGUGCGUUGCAGGGCGGCUGCUCACUUCCAGGAUCUCAAAGGCUGCGACUGCUUCCGUGCUGAUUGCUCUACUGGACUCGGCCGUGGACCAGCAGGGCUUCAACGAGUAUCACGCUGGAGCAGCCUUUGCACGCUUAGCCCAGCUGAAACAAAAGAAGAGGCUUUCGAGGGAACAUUUGAAAGGCCAUGUCGUGCUCCGACUGCAAUCUCGACUUCUUGAACUCAUCUCGAAGGGCAUCUUGGAAGCGCGCGGGGCAGCAAACACUCUCUGGGCCGUGGCGGUGCUGGGCCUCACAAACACCAGGCUGCUGCGAGAGUUGGUGCAUGUGGUCAGCGGGACCUCACGGAAUAUGAAGCCGCAAGAGCUGGCCAACUGCGUCUGGGCCCUGGCAUGCCUCAAAGACAGUCAUCCCUUGGUGCUCCAGGCACUGCCAAGGAUCUUAGAAAGUCUUCCCCAGAAGAUCAAUGGCAUGAAACCUCAGGAGUUGUCCAACUGCUUCUGGGCUCUGGCGCGUCUAAGGGAGGACGAGGACGCGGCCUUUUCGAUGGGUGUCCGAUGUGUGGCAGAGCAAGCCUCUAGCUUGGCAGACUUCAUGGGGCCACAGGACCUGUCCAACUGCCUCUGGGCCGCGGCACAGCUGUGCCGUCAAGCCGAUGCUCCGGAUGAACUGAGAAAGGCUUUAGUGCCACGGCUGGUGACGAGACUGCCGCGAGUUGUGCACAGGAUGAUCCCUCAGCAUCUGGCCAAUUGCUUGUGGAGCUCGGUGUAUCUACAAGACGUAACUCCGGAAGUUCUGCAGAUUGUGCCAGUCCUUGCGCGAGAAAUUCCUGGCAAGGCAGCUCGAAUGAACACACAGGAGCUUAGCAACUGCCUUUGGGCGGCAGCGAACUUGAAGGAUAUCUCGAGAGAGGUGCUGUCGAUCGUGUCGUCUGUCUCAGAAGGCCUGUCGGAGUCCUCCUCCUGCAGAACGCUGCUGCCGCAGCACCUCUCCAACUGUCUUUGGGCCUCGGCCCAACUGAAGGACGGCCCGAGUGGCAGAGAAGUGCGGAAAGCCCUGCCAGCGAUCCUGCACUCUGUGCCAAGCGUUGCCGACAUGAAUCCUCAAGAGGUGGCGAACUGCCUCUGGGCGGCGGCCCAUCUCCAGGAUGUACGCCUCGUGCUGCAAUCGGUUCCAUUUCUGGUGGAGCGCCUGGUUGAGACUCUGGAUGGCAUGAAGCCCCAGGAGCUUUCCAGCUGCCUUAUGGCAUCAGCCCGUCUCGAAGCCACCGCGCCGGAGGUGCUACAUCUCACGCCGCUCUUGGCCGAUGCUUCUAACCAGCUCUGGCCUCGCGGUCUCAGGGACGGCGUG